AUGGCGUCUGCCGGCGAAAUCGACGCAAAACCACCGGGUGAGCCAUCGACAAAUGCCCAGAACAACGACGAAAGCCCAGGUGGCGUCGACCUGCAGGAGUCCCAGUUAGCCACUGACGAGAGCCGGCUGCCUGCGGCUGCCGAAAGCACCAACCCCCUCCUCGUCAUGGACCCAGAAUAUCUUCUGGCCAGCAGCACCCAGUCUACCAAAGAGGACAAGCUCAUUGGCCUGCAUCUGCAUCUGGACAACACGAUUGCCGCAGAGACAACAGCAAAUCACCAGACAUCUGCUGCUGGUAAGGCACCAGCGAUGGAGCCUGAUACUACGGCUAUGGAUGCAUCUGUAGCAACGCUGAUGCCCCCGGCCGCACACGCCAAACCCACGCCAAAGGCCGCCUCGACGGCUGCGGCCAUGCAGUUCCUAAACGUAGAGGCUUCACAUGUUGCCGGUGGCAGCACUUACGUCGAUCCGACCCCAGCAACGCCACUGACCACCUCCCGCCCACCCUCGCGUUCACCAUCGAAUACUGCCCCCCUGUCCCGCCGAUCCUACGAAGCAUCUCCUACCAGAUCUGACGCUGCCUACGACGACAAGAGGUACACCAGCGAGGAUGAACAAGAGAGCGGCUCCCGGGCAGAAAUCCAGACCAUAAUGGGGCAGUUCGGAGAGGGAGGCGGCGGACCGGAUGCAGAAGAGGUCAUGAGCCCUCGCUUGGAGAUCGCUUCACCGAUGCUCACUGCCCCGUUACAACACCCACAGCGAAAGUCCAGCUUGGAACCUCUGGCGCCUACCCUUUCCCAGAACCUCCAAGACAGACAGGGGCUCGGAAAGGCAGCCUCGUCUUCAUCCACCUCCGCGUCUGCAUCAACGAGUACUGUCACACUGCACAAGGACAAGCAACGGUCUGAUGCUGAUGACCGAGGUCCGCCUGUUCCGCCUAAAGAUAGCACCGAUACCUUCGCAGCUUCUUUUACUGGGGGAAAUGAGCUGCCCCUGUCACCGACCGUUUCUCUACAACGCCCGCCACCGCCCGACCCCGAGCCGGAACCGACACUCCCGUUCGACUUCCAACGAUUUCUCGAGCAGCUCCGCAACAAAAGGGCGGAUCCCGUAGCAAGGUACCUCAAGUCCUUCCUCUCGGAGUUUGCCAAGCGGCAGUGGAUGGUUCAUGAGCAAGUGAAGAUCAUCAGCGACUUUCUUGCGUUUAUCGACAACAAAAUGGCUGUCUGCGAGGUGUGGCGCGAUCUGUCAGACGCUGAGUUUGACAACUCACGUGAAGGAAUGGAGAAGCUGGUAAUGAACAGGCUGUAUACGCAGACUUUCUCACCUGCUAUCCCGCCCCCUCAGCCCAUCCCGGGUGCAAAACCAAAACGUCGCGGUGGUGAUCGGCCGAUGGGCCCCGGCCGAAGGGGGCAACACCAAGAAGACGUCGAACGGGAUGAGGUUCUGUCCCAAAAGAUAAAUAUUUACGGCUGGAUUAAGGAGGAGCAUCUCGACAUACCCCCGGUGGGGGACAGCGGAAAGCGCUUUCUCAAGCUGGCUCAACAGGAGCUUUUGAAGAUCAAAUCGUACAGGGCGCCGAGGGACAAAAUUAUCUGUGUCCUUAACUGCUGCAAGGUCAUCUUUGGACUUUUAAAACACAACAAAGUCGACUCGUCCGCCGACUCAUUCAUGCCCAUGUUGAUAUAUGUUGUUCUCCAGGCGAAUCCGGAACAUUUGGUCUCAAACGUCCAGUACAUUUUACGCUUCCGGAACCAGGAAAAGCUCAGCGGAGAGGCUGGCUACUAUCUCUCGUCUCUGAUGGGUGCCAUCCAGUUCAUCGAGAACAUGGACCGGACAACAUUGACGAUAACGGACGAGGAGUUCGAACAGAACGUUGAAGCAGCCGUCUCAGCCAUCGCCGAGAAGCAUCGUGCCGCAUCGCCACCCCUGCCAGUCCCUCCUCUGUCGGAAAAGGACGAAGUGGAUAGCCAGCGGCUCCUACCGCGUGGUGGCGGACCUUCUUCGUCUGCGUCUGGUGCAGGAAGGUUAUCGACAGAUAUAGAUGCGGCACGACUCAGCAUGAGCAUGCCCGGACGUUCCUUUUCCGCAGACGGUGAUGAAGACAGAGACGCGAUUACUGGGCUGCUUCGCACAAUACAAAGGCCCUUGAGCACGAUCGGGCGAAUCUUCUCGGAUGAGUCUGUCUCACCGUCCAAUGCUAGGGGUCGCAGCCCUGCACCAAACCUCCGUGCCGGCGUGCCGGGUCGAUCGCCGACGGCGAGCGAGUUUGGUUCUGCGGGUGAUUUGUCUGCGCCUAGCGAGCAGUCUCCGACUUCUGCAUCAUCACGACAUGCACUUCCGGCGGAAGAGGCAGCGGCUCGGCAAGCCAGCGCGGAAGUUGAAGAAGCUCAAAGGCUACACCGUGUUGAGCACGCCAGCGUCGUCGAUACAUUGGCUGGCAUGUUUCCCGACCUAGACAGGGAUAUUAUCAGUGACGUCGUCUACCAGAAAGAAGGACGUGUCGGCCUGGCUGUCGAUGCCUGUCUCGCACUAUCCUCAUGA